AUGGUUAAAGAUACUGCUUAUUAUGAUAUCUUAGGUAUCUCUCCAGAUGCUUCGUCUACUGACAUCAAAAAAGCCUAUAGAAAAAAGGCAAUGUUAACACAUCCGGAUAAACAUCCUGAUGAUCCAAAAGCUGCUGAAAAAUUUCAAGAAGUUGGUGAAGCUUAUCAAGUAUUACAAGAUACACAAUUAAGAGAAAAAUAUGAUAAAUUUGGUAAAGAUGAAGCUGUUCCUGAAGCUGGGUUUGAAGAUGCAAGUGAAUUUUUUACAAAUAUUUUCGGUGGUGAAGCUUUCCAUGAUUGGAUUGGUGAAUUAUCAAUGUUGAAAGAUUUGACACAAACUGCUGAUGUGUUGGGUAAAGAAGAAGAAGAAAAGGAAAAAGAAGAGACUGAUAAAGAGAAAGAAAGUGGGUCUGCUGUUGCCACAGGCUCCACGACUGACGGAGCUAAUGCUCCUAGUGCAUCAACAUCUGAUAAAAAAUCAGAAUCACAAGAUUUAUUACAUCAACCUGAAGGUUCAUCAACUCCACAGCCACAAGUUGGUAGAAAACCUUCAAAUAAAGUCUCAAAAGAACAACGUGAAGAAUUACUACGAUUGGAAAAGGAAAGAAGAGAACAAAAAAUCAAAAGGGUUGAAGAAUUAUCUAUUAAAUUAAAUAAUAAAUUAGAAAAUUUUAUUUCAGCUUCAAGAGAUUCAAAUGAUUUAGAAAAUUAUAAUUUAAAAUUAGAAAAAGAAAUUGAAGAUUUAAAAAUUGAAUCUUUCGGUAUUCAAUUAUUACAUACAAUUGGUAAAGUUUAUAAUCAAAAAGCUUCAGCUUUUAUUAAAUCACAAAAAACUUUUGGUUUCUCUAAAAUCUUCACAAGUGUUAAACAAAAAGGUUCAACUGCCAAAUCAGCUUGGAAUAUUCUUUCUACAGCAUUAGAUGCUCAAACAUCAAUGGAAGAAAUGAUUAAAGCUCAAGAAAAUGGUGAAGAAUGGGAUGAAUAUAAAAAAGCUGAAUAUGAACGUACAAUGACUGGUAAAUUUUUAGCAACUGCUUGGGUUAGUUCAAAAUUUGAAAUUCAAGGUGUCUUGAGAGAUGUUUGUGAUAAAAUUUUGAAUGAUAAAUCUGUUGAUUCAAAAACAAGAUUAGCAAAAGCAAAUGCUUUAUUAAUUAUUGGUAAUAAAUUCAUAACUGCUGAAAGAUCUGAAGAUGAAGCUGAAGAAGCUAGAGUCUUUGAAGAAUUAAUGGCUGAUGCUACUGCCAAAAAACAAAAACAAAAAAAAUCAAAGAAAUAG